CAGUCACAGAGAGAUGAUGGAGAGCUGCUUUCCUCUCGGAUUAGGGAUUCAUUCCAUCCUCCGCUCUUUCUGGAUUUUUUUCUGGAUUUAUUCCAUUUCUUCUUUCUCGCUGUUUUCGUCAUUCAGAUGAAUUGAUGAUCGAUUAAUUGAUUGGAUUUAUGUGUCGUCGGCCAGCUGGAAAAGUUGAGCAUUUUCUGAGUGUUUGGAAUUAAAUUAUGGGCACAUUCAAAAUAAAAUAAUCCAUUUAUAUUUUGGAGCUGAAACUGCUCAGAGAUGUACGUGGAGAACGGGAAAAGUACUGGUCGGAACGGCUACACCAAAGGAGUGGAUGGGGAGGCAGGAGGAGGUGGGGGGGAGGAAGAGGACGAGGGUGGAGAAGGUGAUAGACGGGAAGGAGGAGAGGAGAAGGACGCAGAGUGGGAUGAAGAACUGGAUGGAGAGAUGGAAGGAGGAAGGAUGACGAGGACGGACACACUGCAUUCCACCAGCUCCACCGGAACCCAGAGGAAGAAAGGAAUCCAUGCCAAGAAACAGAUUCAGGGCAGUAACCAGGUCCAGCGUGCCCCCAGAGCCUUAUUCUGUCUGAAACUCAACAAUCCAAUCAGACAGGCAGCGCUCCACAUCGUUGAGUGGAAACCGUUUGAUAUCUUCAUCCUGUUAGCCAUUCUUUGCUAA